AUGGGCGAGCCUAUGGAAGAGGACCCCCUUCCGCAGGUGGGCGAGGAAGAGGCAGUUCCCGAACCUCAGGAAGAGACCACAACGCCAACUACAGACCCGGCUCUUGCUCGGCGCCGCAAGAGACUCCUCGCCUUUCUGCUUGCUGUUGCUGAACUGUUUGGCGAGAAACAUCCUCAGCUUAGACUCCGAGAGCUCUGUGAAGGACUUACCCGUGAUGAUGAAUCUACGCUGGAGACCCGUCCUGGUGACUUUGGUACCAGGUAUUUGCCGAGAGAUGAUGAAUCAGAUGUUAGCGAUUCCGAAGGGCCUCCGACAAUGGGGCCGUGGGACCAAGCGUCCCUUCGACUCAUGGCCGGUCCAUCGGCUCAGAUUCCAUACGACGAGGAGAACCCAGCCCAAGUCCCAGAGCUUGAGCCUACCAAGAACAAGCCGCUCAUCCCUGCAUUUGUCAUCAGCACCCGAACGCCCCUGACCUCGCCAGAGGAAAAGGAGAAAGACACAACAUCUGACAAGCAGCCUCCAGAGACUGACCGUGGACCAGCUAGAGACAUCCGGUCUGAAGAAGAAUAUAACUCGGGUUGGCUCAGAAAUUUUGCCGGCGACAGAAGUAGGGCCCUUCCCGACUUCAACCUCUACCCAUACAAGGGCUGGAAGAUUGAGCCUCCUCAGGUGUUGCUCAGCCGUGCCAAAAACUUCCUCGCCGACGAGGACGUCAACAGAACAGUCGAGUGGGAUCGCAAGUUCGCUGAGCUGGCAGAGUACUUUUCGUAUCUCCUUCACAACUGGAAGGGUGAACGCUGGGGUGCUGACCUCCACGAGUGCAUCGACAUGCUCCACGCGCACCGCGUCUUUGAGGACUACCACUACGGCAGGCCCAAGCUGAAUCUUGACUUUCCUGACAAGUGGGAAAUCAAGAUCUGGAGACUGCCGCGGGUGCCUGGUCAUCAUGUCGUCGUGGAUGAUGAGGAGGACAUGGGGGAGCGGAAGCUGCUCUUCAACCCCAUCCGUGCUGUCCAUGAUGUCCACUACGAGAUGCCUCCAGAUGUUCUCAAGAAGUACGUGGAGGAGUAUGGACAAGAUGCUGAAUACUUCUGGUCUUCGUCCCACGGCGUCGAGCCUCGUCCAGAGAGACUCAGCGAUCAAGACCCCAACAACAGAAGAUUCAACAUGGUUGAGUGUGAGAACAACGCAUACGAGAAGAGCAUCCUGAAGAACAUGCAAGAAACCUGCUCUCAACUCAAAUCUCAGCCUCGACCUCCCGCUGAGCAAGUCGAGGGCACGCCAGACACCAACUCUCUCCGCCAGUUUGCCUGGUUCCGCGGAACUCGACGAGCCGCUCUCCAGCAGUGUCUUGGCCAGUUCGGCAAUGCUGAGAACGCUGCUGUGUGCAACCAGUGGCGAGCCAUCAUCCUUCCACCACCCAAGAAGCCAAAGCAACCUGACGCUGGGGUCCUUUUCACCACCAUGCAAGUCGCUGACAUCCCUGAGAAGGAGGCCCGCGAUCCCUUCAGCUACACCCUCGCUCACAAGUGGUACCUCACAGCGGACCAAUGGUGGGGUGCCUGGAUGCGUCCUCACUCCAUCAAGGAGUCCUACGGGGAGAGACUCUGGAUGAAACGUAAGGAGGCCAUCAUGGAACUGCCUCACAACUUCAGGGGUCCGUAUGUCAUUGACUAUUUCGACAAGGACAUGAGAAAGACUCGGGAGCUCCUUAACAAAUGUCAAUUCAUCUGGGAUAGACUGGACGACAAGGAGAAGCAUUUCAACCGCGAAUUCUUGACCAGAAUUGUCAAGUGUGUUUGGGAGGGACUUCGAUCAGGGGAGGGCAGCUAUCUUGAGCAAGGCUCUCUCGUUCGAAAUGAUGGAACCACUCCUGUGCCUCACAUCAGACCCCUUGAAGAAGAGCUCCUUCGCUUCAUCCUUGAACCUUCAGUCAACGCCGCCAUGUUCGGCAUCAAGCAAGGUGCUGACACAGGUGGUCGUGAAGAUGAUGGAAUUUCCCCUAACCUCGGCGCUCAUGGUCGACUGUUUGAGGAGAGGGUUGACGAGAUGCUGAACGAUAUCAGCCAUGACUCCUUUUUUCAUCCUACGGCAGGACCUAACUCGCAGGAUUUCAUGGAGGUUCUCAACCGUGACUGUGACGGUCCCAUGAAGCGUUACAGGUUCUCCAGAAAGGAGGCUAUCAAAUAUGCACUUGCGCUCAAGAAGAAGGGCAAGAUUUACGCAAACAAGGAUCUAGUGGUCCGUCGCCCCAAAGUCGACUUUCACCCAGAAGAACGAAUCCGCUGGCUUGAGUCUGACAAUGAGGUUGAACCCCCGCCGCCUGUUGAGCCCAAGAGAGGUCCAGUCAAAACUGUAGCCAAAGAUGACGAUAGCGUGACCAUCUCAACCGACGUCUCGACUGAAAUCAGCGAGCCCGAGUCUGUCGAUCUCGGUCCUUACGCCAAGGGACUUCCCAAACUGGCCAACAUCCGAUCCUGGGUCGAAACCAUCCUCGACCGCCAGGCCGUCGGCACCGACAUGGAAAAGACACUCGUCUUGUUUGAGGGCCUUGGAUAUCGUCUUGGUAGAACGCUUCGCGAUCUCCGUGAGCAGCAUGCCAAAGAUCUCAAAAGUCUCACUCCCGAGAAAAGACAACAGAACCGCGACUACGUCUGGAGAAUAUACCGAUGGUGGGAGAAGGAUUUACCGCUGCGAGCCAACGAUCCUAAAUGGAACCCGAACAUGACUGACAACUGUUGGAGGAUCCGUCUCACGCCAAAGUUCUGUGACGCCAUCAAGAUGGCCGAGCCAGAGGCCUACCAGGAGCCCUGGGACCGCGAGUCACUUUGCAUCGAUGACUCGAACUGGCCGGCGUCUGAUAUGCUCCUCAGGGGUAUCGUCCGUGAGGCCUACGAGAACAAGAGCAUGCUGUUCCCGACUCGUGUCACUCGCCGUAUCGAUGACACCGGCAAGACAAUCACCUCGGAGCCCCGUCGUGAGCCUGUCUGGUCGUUUGGACAUCCUGAGCGGUGCGGUAAGGGACCACGGUUCUGGGACAUUGACCGUUGGCCUCUCCACUUGCAGACUGAGGAGACGAGAGAGUUGAUUGAGAGUUCAGGCCCUGAUGAUUCCGUCUGUGUCGUCCCGCCUUCUCUGGGCCGCAAGCCUCUAGAGAGAACUAAGAAGAAGAGAACCAAGGGCCGUAGGAGAUUUGGAGAAGAGGUUGAGGAAGGUCAAGAGAAGGAGGAAGUGACCUGGGAGUCGAAGGGUAAGGGGCGUGCUCAUGACGACUCCCUUCUUCAGCUUGGCCAGCCGUUUGGGUUCACGUUCCAGGACCAAGCCCAAAUCCGACGACGCUUUAAACCAGGAACACCAGAGUACUGGCUAGGUGACACGCCUCUUCAGAAGCAGAGAAUCGAAGAGAGAAUCAAGAGCGGUCUUGUGGGAUCAGAGAAACCACGCUCCUGCUGGCGUCAGCGUCUCGCAGGCCUCCUGGGCAGCAAGGAAAACGACCCCACGGCGCUUCCGUACGUGAACCCGCGGAACAUCCCCCGGAGCAAGCCACUGCCCAGCGAAACGGAGAAGGAUAGCCCUAUGUUGCCUCCUGUUAGUCCAGGGGGUAUCCACAGUCUCAGGGUGCCACCGCUUCCUGCAAAGGUAGGAGAUCAACUUGGAUCGAAACCACGGCGCAAAAAGACAGAUUCGCGAAUGAACCCUCCUCACUUGGUUGAAACAGCCAAGGAUGAUGGACAAGAGGACCGUCGACGAGAUUCGGACAUGAUAGAUUUUCCAAGAGACUCCUCGAAGCUCGUUCCUGUUACUCCUCCUCCUCCUCCACCUCCGCCUGAGAUCAAGCAGGCUGAAUCAUCGACGGCUGAGCCGCGAAAGGUCGCUCCCACAGGGCAGCGGCGACGAAAUUCUCGCCCAAUGGAGUCUCAGCGCCUGGAGCUGGAGAUUGUUGAGCCUGAGGAGGAUGAGUUGCAGAGACCUAUCAGGGAUCCGGAAGACGAGGCCCUCUACCGAGCUCUUCACCAAGAGUUUUAUGAUCCGUAUGCUGAACAUGGCUCACAUUAG